AUGUACGCCGGCGAGGACGCCAGGGUGUUUAUCGGGCCGAAGAGCGGCAGCUUCCUCCCCAUCGUCGGCAAGUUCAUCGACCGCUGCAUUGAGAAGAAUUGCAACCUCGACAUCAUCCUCGUCGUCGAUCGCUCCCAAUCCGUCGAAACGGACUAUCAGAAAGAGCUCAAAACGGCCACCGACGUCGUGGGGCUCGCCUCAAAAUCGGCCUACGAAACGGGCCAAGUCCGCGUCGGCGUCACCUCGUUUGCUAGGGAGGGAAAGCUGGAGAUACCGCUUCGAAAAGCCACCAGAGCCAACAUCACGGAUAUGAUUUCGAGCAUCUACCACACUGGGGGAAGCACGUCGGCCGUGGCUGGAGUUGAACAGGCGAUCAGGCACCUGUUGCCAGAGCGCCGCCCAAAAACCCGGCUGCUCGUCGUGCUCAUCUCCGACGGGCACAGCCAGGACUUUUGGGACAAGCUGACCAAGACGGCCAGAAUCCUUCAAGCCCUGCCGAACUCGUUGUUCUUGGCGGCCACGAAUUCGGAGAAGUACUCGUUGAGCGAGUUGACGGCCUGGACCGGCAACGCCUCGCACGUCUUCCACUCGCAGCAGAUCCCCGUCUUUCUCGACAGGGACCAAAUUAUUGCGAACGUAGCAUCGAAGGUUCAAGAAAUCGAGGGGUCUGGAGAUGUGGAAGGAUCCGGAGAUGGUGUUAUCACAACUGACGCCGUCAUCGAGAAGAACACGCCUGCGAACCACACCGAUGAGCCGCUGACCGACUCGCACGAGCAGAAGCCGCGCGGAGUGAGCGAUCCACUAAACGAGGGUAUCCCGCUGGUGACGAGGCCUGGCACGAUCAAGUCGACUUUCGAUGGAAAAGGACCCUGCAAGGUCGACCUCGUCUUCGUCGUCGACAUCUCCACCUCAGUUGAGCAGGAGUUUGAGAAGCAAAGGCAGUUCACCCUGGAUCUGGUAAAUCGCCUUCCCCGUGAAGAUUUCGACAACCGAGUCCACGUCGGGAUAAUCGCCUUCCACAAUCGGGCGCGCGUCGUCGAGCCGCUCGGCAGGCAACGAACAAAAGAAUCGAUCAUCAACGUCCUGUCCAACAUCACCGACGAGGGCGGCUCGACCUCGGUGGCGGCCGGGAUGAAGCUGGCAGCUGAUGAAAUUACACGAGGCCGAAGGAGUGACGCCAGCACGGCCACCCCAUCGGUUGUUGCUGAUUUUAGCGAGAUCCUGGAGCGAAAUCGGCUAUUUGUCGCGGCUAAAAACAUCCCGGCCGUCCAGAACGUAGCUGAUUACCAUAAAGCGGUGACCUUUGCACUGAAGGAGCUGAGGAAAAAUGCGAGGAAAUCUUCUCGCAAAGCCCUGAUCGUCGUGGGACCUGGAAGUCUGACUGAGGGCCCGAUUAAUGUAGACAUUCCUUCUGAAAUCACUCGAUAUGCCGUCGACUCAUCCGACAAGUCUUCCAUCAGUUCGCUGGAGAUGCUCACCGGGGCCAGGAAAAAUGUGUUCGAGUUCGAUAGGAACGCCGAGUUCGAGAAGGCGCUGUUGAAGCUGGCCCUGCCUACUAGCCGGAUGUGCAAGGAGCUGCUCAUGAAAAACUUCGAGCCCACCAUCCACCUCAGCAAGAAGGCUAUCCCAGAUGCGGAGGAGACGACCAAGAAAACAACGACUUCAGCGAGCACAACGAGGGCUCCGAAAGUUUUCCGGAAUCCUGCUGCUCCAAUUACCAGAAGCACGGAGAAGCCGACGACGACGGCAAGAACGACAACCAUCAAGUUGAGGUUAAGCACGACUUCAAGGAGUUCGGCUGCUAUCAGCAUGCUAGAUGUGGAUGAGCAGAGGAUCGAGAACUCGACGCAUUUUGUCAGCGCGAUUCUACGGGCCCUCCACUCGACACCGUUUUCUUCCGGAACUACCGCUGCGCAUUCGGCAUUGCAACGGGCAAUUUCCGAAUAUUCCUCUGCUCGUGGUGCUCGACCUGGUCGAGCCACACCUAUCGCCAUUGUCUUCACAGACGGUUUUGCGCAGAAAUCGAUCGAAUCCGAAGCUGCUCAAUUACGGCGGUUGAUUCCGAAUACAUUUGCCGUCGCUAUCAAUCAAAAUCAGCGCAUCAACCGCGACGUGCUGGAGACGAUCGCCGGCUCACGGAGCAGAGUUUUCACCGAUGAGGACAUCCAGAGAUUCCUUGAUACCUUGGCGGCCCAUGCAAAUGAUUGUCGACCG